AAGUGGUUCACCUUGAUUUCCAUACACCAUGGGUUCACUAAAGCUAGCCCUUUGUUCUUUCUGCCCAAGUCAGCCUCGACCUCCCAUUCGACUGUCUACAGAUAUAAAGGCUAUGCGCAUUACGCAUUCCAAACGUUCUCUGAUCUCUCUGAAACACCUUUAUCUCUCCCCACUCGGUUUCUUCCACUCUCCCACAAUCACUAACAACCCUCACCCUCUGCGAACCCUACCUUUUGCCAUGGCCGAAGCUGCCGAGAACUUCUCUACCGAUUCUGCCGUCGUUGACGACGACGUCAAGUUCGGGUUCAAGCGCCCGGAGAUGUACAAGGCCAACCUUGCCGGCACCAUCGAUCCCCCGUACGACCGUCACGUGUUCCUCUGCUACGGUAGUUACGAGUCUUGGCCUUCUCGUGUCGAAGCCUCCGACUCCGAUCUGCUUCCCAAGCUCCUCUCUGAAGCUCUCAAAGCUCGCAAGAACGACAUCAGCGUGAAGACUCGUUUGACGAUAUGUGAGGGACGUGAAGGGACCGACUUAUCCGAUGGAGAUGUUUUGAUUUUCCCGGAAAUGAUCAAAUACAAGGGUUUGAAGGACUCAGAUGUGGAUAGUUUUGUUGAGGAUGUGCUUGUGAAUGGCAAAUCAUGGGCUUCUGGAGUGCAGGAGGUGUUGACUGGUUCACAUAUAUUUGUUUGUGCCCAUAAUAAGCGAGAUAGAAGGUGUGGCGUAUGUGGACCAGCUCUGAUUGAAAAGCUCAAUGAAGAGAUUGGUUUAAGGAAUUCGAAGGAUCAGAUGUUUGUGAGUGCUUGCUCACACAUUGGGGGCCACAAAUAUGCUGGGAACUUGAUAAUUUUCAGUGCGGAUCCGGAGGGAAAAAUUGCUGGUCACUGGUAUGGUUAUGUCACUCCUGAUGAUGUUCCUGAAUUGCUUGAUCAGCAUAUUGGAAAGGGAGAAAUCAUUGAUCGUCUUUGGAGGGGUCAAAUGGGCGUAUAUGUUGAGAAAGCUGAAAAAGAUGAAGCAAAGAAGCUGCCAAAUGGAAAAGAGCGCAAACAAAAGAUAAAAGAGCCACAAGAAACCAAUGGUCUGGACAAGAAGGAAAAUUUGGCAAGCUGUUGCCAGGGUGCUAAUGGGUUUUCAUGCUGCAGAGAUGAAAGUAAGGAUGAAGUGACCAUAGAAAUGCAAGGGAAGAAGGGGCUGGGCGGACUGUCUACCUGGAUGGGGAAGUGGGAGCAAAGUGAGGUUCUUACAGCCGCUGCUUUGGUUGGAGCAGUGGCAACUGUUGCUGUGGUUUAUAGCCUUUAUAGAAGGUCUGCGUGAAAUGGGCUCUGUAACCACACGAGUUUGUUUGCAUUUCACAUGUACACCCCUGUUUUGUAGAGAGGCGAAGUAACAUGAAUUAAAUAAUUGUCAAAACCAUGCACUUCAUUAAAUGGAUAGUUAUAGAUAUAUUCAUGUUUGGCAGUAUGAGGAUGAAUUACCAAUAUACAUCAAAUUUGAAGAUGUAAACUUUUUGGUGGUUAAUUUUCUGCAUACCAACGGAUGCUUUCUUGAUACACAUUGGCGAAUGGUUUAUAUUGAUAUUAAAAUUUGUUAUUAUGGAGGCA